AUGACCAGUGACAUUAUGCAAAUAGAAGAACCAGUCAAAUUUCCAGAGAAAAUGUGGUUCAAAGAUGAAGACAUUGAACAGAGUUCUUCAGAAUGUGUUCAGAAAGCCACAAAGCUUCGAACUUCUCUUAGGGAGAAUAUAGAGCUGGUUCAACUUAAGAAGCUCUUGCAUGAAAGAAACACCUCAUUGGUAGCGAUAAAAGCACAAUUAAUAGAAGUUCAAGAGGCAUAUGAAAUUUUGCUCCAGAAGAAUGAGGGAAUCUUGAAUACAGCCCAUGGUGCCACCUUCAAUCAAGUAAAUGAACUUGGGCCAGAACUGAGAGAAGAGAGCAAGAAAGCUGUCAGCCUGAAGAAUCAACAAGAGGAUGUAUCCAUCCUGCAGACAACACUGAAGGAUUUUCAGGAGAGAGUUGAAGAUUUGGAAAAAGAACGAAUAUCGCUAAGUGAUAAUUAUGACAAACUCUUAGAAAGCAUGUUGGAGAGCAGUAAUGAGACACAGUGGAAGAGCAAUGAGUUUAUAGAAGAACAACUACAAAAUGUCUUUAAGUUACAGGAUCAGCUGAAGGAGGAGCUAGAGGAGAAGAAAAAAUUAUUACUUCAGCUUUCCAGGGAGAAAGCUGGAUUGCAGCUUGAAGUUGCCACUCUGCUUCAGAUUAAUGCACAGAAAACUGAGAUCCUCCACAAUAAAGACAGUAUUUCUCAAUCUCUCGAACUGUCUCUUGACAAACAAUCUGAACCAGAUACUCAACCAGCAGUAUUUCAAGAGAUCAUGCAAAUAGAGCCCUGUGAAACAAAAGAAGAAAUCUUGUCCCAGAUGUUAAGUGAGCUGCAAAUAUCAUAUGCAGAGAUCACGCUGGAACUAGAGAAGACCAGAGACUUGCUUAUUCUGCAGCGCAAACUCAACAUGUGUUAUCAGGAAGAAUUGAAGUCAAUGAUAACAAUAGCUGAAAAUGAAAAUGAAGAACACAAAGAAAAACUGAAUAGGCUGACUCAACUCCUAGAAUUGAAGAACAAUCGUAUCAAUCAGCUGGAAGGUAUUUUAAGAAGCCAUGGCCUUCCAAUAUCUGGUGAUUUUAGUCUCACUGAUCCCAUAGGGGAACUCGAUGGAUCUGUUCAGGUGCUCCUGAAUUGGAAGUCUUCUUAUGUACCUGCAGAGAGCACCCUGGAACUAGGUGCUCAGACUGUGGGUAAUGACAUCCAGGACAAUUCGGAGAUUUCAUCCAAUGAUAAAAAAUCAUCGUUCUCUCCCCAGGACCAGAAAGCAUCUGUUGAGAUUCCUAUUGAAGCUGAGCUGUAUCAACCAAAGAGAAAACCUCAGAUGGGAGAAAGAAAGGAAAAGAAACACCAGGUUGCAGGUUAUUCAAGAAGAAAACAUGGCAGGAGAAUCGGCAUCCAAGGAAAGAACAGAAUGGUGUAUCUGAGUCGUAUCAUCUUAAAUGAAAAAACACUGCAGCAGAUGAACUACAUUGAGUGUUCAUUCUCAGGCCUUAAGAUCUCCAAAGGUGAUUCAAAAGAUCAGCAACAGGAAGAGAAAACAUCAUCCCAUUCAGCACUGUUGGAAAAGGAAGCCCUCUAUAUUGAAAAUGGUAAAGAGUUCUUUGAACAAGUUUCUGAAAUCAGUGAAUCCCAAACUACUGACAGUGAUGUCAUCAUAGUACCAUCCAGACCUCUGAAGCAUCUUAAGGCAGGUUCAGAGAAGAUGUGCAUUGAAAUUGUCUCCCUGGCCUUCUACCCAGAGGCUGAAGUGAUGUGUGAUGAGAAUAUAAAACAGGUGUAUGUGGAGUACAAGUUCUAUGACCUGCCCUUGUCAGAAACAGAGACUCCAAUAUCUUUGAGGAAGCCACGGCCAGGAGAAGCAAUCCACUUCCACUUCAGCAAGGUGAUAGACCUGAACCCCCUGAGGCAUCAAGAUCGAAGGCAAUUUCUCUUCACCAUGCUGAAUGGACAAGAACCUGAACAAAGACAUUUAAAGUUUACAGUGGUAAGUGAUCCUAUGGAUGAAGAACAGAAUGAAUGUCAAGAAGUAGGAUAUGCAUAUCUGGAACUACGGCAGAUCUUGGAAUCAGGAAGAGACAUUUUAGGGCAAGAAAUUGACAUUGUUAGCCCUGAAGAUCAGGCUACCCCAAUAGGAAGGCUAAAGGUUUCUCUUCAAGCUGUUGCCGCCUUCCAUGAUAUUUAUAAGGAGAUGACUAAAGAUUUGCUUUUGUGA